UGAAGUUUCCAAGAAGAAGGUUAAACCAAUUCCAGUCAAGAAAGAACCUGAAGCUGCUCCAGAAGAAAAGGCAAAACCGGAACCUGCUCUGAAGAAAGAGGCUGACAUUUCCAAAGAGAAGGUUAAACCAGUACCAGUCAAGAAAGAAACCGAAGCUGCACCAAAAGAAAAGGCUAGACUUGAACCUGCUCCCAAGAAAGAGACUGAAGUUGCCAAGGAGAAGCCUAAACCAGUCGCAGUGAAAAAAGAACCUGAUACAGCUGUCAAAGAAAAGGCAAAACCUGAACCUGCUCAGAAAAAAGAACCGGAAGCUGCAGUACCUGAAAAGGCGAAACUUGAACCUGCUCUAAAGAAAGAGGCUGAAGUUUCCAAAGAGAAGGUUAAACCAGUCCCAGUAAAGAAAGAACCUGACGCUCUGAAAGAAAAGCCAAAAGUUGAACAUACCCCAAAGAAAGAACCGGUAGCUGCACCUACUGAAAAGGCAAAACUUGGAUCUGCUUUGAAGAAAAAGAUUGAGGUUGCCAAGGAGAAGGCUGAACCAGUCCCAGUCAAGAAAGAACCUGAAGCUGCACGAAAAGAAAAAGCAAAACCCAAAACUGUUGCGAAGAAAGAACCCGAAUCUGUGCCAAAAGAAAAGGCAAAGCCUGAAGCAUUUCAGAAGAAAGAGGCUGAAGUUGCCAAGGAAAAGGCUAAACUAGCCCCAGUGAAGGAGGCUGAAAUUUCCAAGAAGAUUAAACCAUUUCCGGUCAAGAAAAAACCUGAAGCUGCACCAAAAGAAAAGGCAAAACCAGAGCCUGUUCUGAAGAAAGAGGCUGAAGUUACCAAGGAGAAGGCUAAAACAAUUACAAUCAAGAGAGAACUUAAACCUACUCCAGAAGAAAAGACAAAGCCUGAACUUGCUCUGAAGAAAGAGGCUGGAGUUGUCAAAGAGAUGGCUAAGAUAGCCCUGGUGAAGGACAAAGAAGUUGCAAAGGAGAAAGCUAAACCAGUUGCAGGCAAGGAAGAAAAGGCUAAACCUGAACCUGCUCCAAAGAAAGAGGCCAAAAUUGUCAAGGAGAAGGCUAAACCAGUUCCGGUCAAGAAAGAACUUGUUCCAAAAGAAAAUGCAAAACCUGAAACUGCUCCAAAGAAAGAGGCUGACAUUUCCAUAGAGAAAGUUAAACCGGUUCCAGUCAAGAAAAAACCUGAAGCUGCACCUAAAGAAAAGGCAAAACCUGAACCUGUUGUGAAGAAAGAGGCUAAAGUUGCAAAAGAGAAAGUUAAACCAAUCCCAAUCAAGAAAGAGCCUGAACCUGCUUCAAAAGAAAAGGCAAAGCCUGAAAUUACUCUGAAGAAAGGGGCUGAAGUCAUCAAAGAGACUGCCAAGCCAGCCCCAGUGAAGGAAGCUAUAGUUGCCAAAGAGAAGGCUAAGAUAUUUGCAAUCAAGAAAGAAGCUGAAGAUGCUAAGGAGAAAGCUAAGCUCAUCUUGGUGAAGGAGGUUGUGUCCAAGGAGAAGGUUAAACCAAUCCCAGUCAAGAAAGGUGCUGAAAUUUCCACAGAGAAGGCUAAACCAGUUCCAGUCAAGAAGGAACCUGAAGCUGCCAAGAAGAUCAAACCUGUGCCAUUAAAGCAUGAGCCAGUGGUUCUCAAAGAAAUGGCAGUCCCUGUGGUGUAUCCCAGCCCCAAAGAUACUGCAGUGGAAAUGGAGCUCUUGAAAGCUAUCAACCAAAAGCUGUCUAUCCUGGAUUUACUGAGGAAAGAUAUUGGGGAAAUAAGAACAGACCUGGAGUUCACACAAACCCAGAUUGAUCAGUUAAGGAUGGACAACCAAACCCUCAAAGAGUCCAAGGAUGUCAAGGAGAAAGUAAAACAUGCUGUAAUAAAGAAAGAGCCUGGCCUCUUAAAAGAGAAGCUUAAAGUCUCCACUGUGGUAAAAGGACGUGAGGCUCUGAAAAACAUAACAAAAGCAGCAUCUGUAAAGACAGAAGAGGCUCCAAAACACAAGAUUAUGCCAGAACAUAAAAAGAAAGAAAUGGCAAACGAGAAAGUGAUCACAGUGAGGAAGCCCACAAAGAAAGUAAAAGUCACAGAGAAGGUGCUGAGCAAGGAGAAGAAAACGAAAGCAGAAGAACCUGAUGUGACCAAAGAUGAUCAGACUGAGGAAGAAGAGGUCCCAUACUUCCAGUGUUUCUACGUGGAUGAAUACGAUAUCCAGUACCCUUUCUUCUCAUUCUCUCCUCCCCUCUUCUGAGUUAUCCAUCGUCUGAGUCUGACAUGACAUUUUGUAAUAUUUUGAAGUGACUGUAACAGUGACCUUCAGAGGUGCUGCAGUUGACACACAGUUAGUCCUGUAAGUCCAAAGGAGGGCUGAUGGCAGACUCUGAAUGAGCUUUCAAAGAUGGCAUGAUAAGCCUGACUCUUUUUCAUCUUAAAAUGUCAGCCUAAUUAUCAUGGUAGACCUACUGCAACAUUGACAUAAAAGCUCUGAUAGGUAAUGACAAAAAAACCCACUUGCCUCAUCACAGAAAACUAGAUUCUGUUGAAAGGGAUUUCACCCAGAUUAUGGUACACCUUGAGUACAUGUUCCUCAUUUUGAUAGAGUGCUGAUUCAGAGCAUUCCACUGUUUUCUAUCAAAAUGAUGGUUAGGAGAGCACAGAAAAAUUUAAAAACCAAUAUGACAUCAUUGAUAUUGAUCAUUCGUGGUGUAAACCUUACACUUUACCAAAAUACAAUAUUAUUUCAAUGUAUAAGGCAACAAUUCAAUUCUUGGUGCUUUUUCAAAUGUUACUACAAUGCAAUGUGACACAAUAAUUCUCGAUUACAAAUAAUCAAAAUGACUAAUAUGUCCAUCAUUGAUAAAGCUCAGCUUAAAUGAACAUACUAGUAAUUAUUGUAUCUUUAACCGUAAAAUAAUAGUUAAAGCAAUAAUAAUAACCUAUCAGUAACCUUAGUAGAGCUUAAUAAUAACCUUUCAAUAGUUUUGCUAUACAAAUCAAUGUAUGUAACUUGAACUGACAGAAUAUUGUAGCCUUUAGAGUCAAAGCAUCAAUCAGAAUCAAUUGUACUUCCCUACUGAUCUAAUAUUGUAAUAAGUAACAAACUCCAAAGAAUGAAUGUUGUUUAAUUCAGCAACAGUAGGUGCUGUCAGUAAGCUUUCAGAAUAGAUUGGACUGUUAUAGUUGUAGAAGCUUUAUAUAAACUCAAAGAAAUGCGUUUAAACUUUUAAAGCAGCAAAUCCCCAUGACUGCAUACAGAAAUCAUUUGAAAAGUGGGAGAAUAGUGCCUGUUCAUUCUUUUUAUAUCAAUUUAAAUAUAACAAUAUUAUAGCUAUAUUAUGGCUCUGUAAAUAAUGAUUUUAUCUUAACAUCUUCUUGAAGUGCAAAUGUGAGUAACAAAUCUGUUAUCCACUCCUUUCUGAGGGCCAGUAACAGUUUAUUAAAAGGAACAGAGCUUUUAACAUUAAAGAAAGUAAAAAGGUGUAAUCUAAUGGUCAGAUAAACAUUAAAGGGAAAUUUUUCCAUUAAGCUUAACAAGCAGUAUAUAAUUACAAACUUCAUUUCUCUACUAAAAUAGCCAUUCCUCACCUAUCACCAACUCAAACAAAAAACUAGAAUCACACACUCAUCCACCUAUACCAUCUUAGCACUGUUGGGAUCUUGUAGCCAUUCUAUUGCAUUAAUAUCUGUAUGGAACAAUGUUCUGCCAAUUAAUGCCAGGCUACAGACAGCCCUAUCACAACACUAGCACCUAAUAUGAAAAUAUAUAUUUAAUAAUAUAACAUAUUUAAAAUAUAUUGUAUUUUAUCAGCCACUGCAGAUGGUAAAACUUUACUUUUUGGUCAUGACUAGCGCAUUCAGUAAAUCAGUACUGAUCAAAAAAUUAUUUCCUAAAAUUUCUAGGUGUACUUUGUAUGAUGUGUAGAUGAUAUAUAAGUCUACUAAUAAACACCAGAAAGUUGCUUGGUUCCUAUAGAUUUAGAUGUACCAGUUACCCCUUGGGAACAUGUGCUGCUCCAUAUUCCCAUAUUAGUGCACACACAAACAACUCCGUGAGCUCAGUUAACUACACAACUCCACUCCAUGUAUAAUAUGGAAAAAAAACAGGAAUAUGUACAUUAGGUCCACUAAUCAAUAUUGCUAUUAAUAAAUCCAUGCUUUUUGUAUUUUGAACAGUUGUGAGUUUAAACAAAUAUGGCAUGCAUGACAUACAACAAACUAAGGUAUGGUCAAUCAGUACAAGCCUAUCAAUACUUACAAGUGACAUGUCGGAGUUGAGAGGCCUCCGUAUAUGCCAGCAUGGGUAGAUUAUAUCAGGAAGGCAUGUGAUGUGGAAAACAUGGUCAAAUUUUCCUUUAAUGAUAUUCUUCUUAUUAUUCACUGCUUAUCAUAAUCACACACAGAUUAUAAAGUACAAAGAGAUGGCCAGAGAUAGGCUUACAUGAAUAUAAGCCUGGGGUCUUAACCGUCACCCCUUAAUUUGACCAAGCUCUAGUAUUCAAUAUUUUAACUGAAUUUAAAGGCAACUGCAUAUUUUUAUCUAGAAAAUUGUGGAGAGUAUAUUAUAUGAGAAUGAGAACACUGUUAUGAUGUGAUGUGAAUACCCAUUUCACUUUUACUUCUUCCAGUAAUAUUGUUUUCUAACAUAAAUAUGUCUAUGAUGCCUGUUUACAGUGAUAGAUUAUUGUAAGAUGACAAAAGAUCCAGUGCAAAAAAAGGUUUAUCCCUUUUUGGCAGGAAUAUUCUGCCAGUCAAUGACAGACUGCCCAGCUAUGCAAUGGUCAUGUGGUGUUGCUUCAAAUGCAAUUUAAAGUGUUUAAAUGGUACUAUUUUAUCAAAUAUCUCUGUCUUGUCCACUUUCAUGCAAACAGAGUUUUCAGAUAAAGACAAGAACGUUUCCAGUAAAUACUGAAUACUACCUGGGAUUUGCCAAGACAUUUCCCUUUUUGCUUGUAUUGUUUACAUGACUUUGCAAUAAUGACACAUUUUGUGGCUUAACUAAUAAGUUCUUAUUUACACAAUGUUGAUCCAUUGGAUGGAAUAAUAACACAACAUUACACACAGGAACUGAUGUAAUAAAACUAACCUAGUACUUGAAAACUAGGUGUUUAAUAUGAUCUCUAAUAUGUAAUAUGCCUUUAUCUUAAGAUGUCAUUGAAAUUUUUGAGAAAACAAUAGCGGUGUUUUAUAGAGAAGAUAGCAAAUGCAUGUUUAACAAAUCAUUAUAUCUGGUUUGUUUCACCAACUAGGUUUACUAAGGUACACAAAAAGUUGAUAAUAACGUAAAGCCUAUAAACAUAAAUGUCAAACACAUUUAAAAACAAAAGUAUACCAGCUACUGGUCUGAAUGUACUGAAUAACAUACAGAUGAUAAGUGAAGGUGUCAACAUAUCUACUUUAAGGAGAACAUUUUGAACAGGAAUGCAUGGAGUGAAUGUUUGUUUAGUGUAAAAUUGUGAAUUUAAAUGUAAUUGACCUAACAAUUUAGGUGAUAAAAGUAUUCAGUGUAAAUGAUUAAAUCAUACAUAUAUUUAGUAUAAAUUUACCUUAGAAUGUCUUCUUCCAUGCUAGACUAUCUCAUUUAGCAGUUAUUUCAGAAGUGUGAAAUAGAUCCUCCACAUUUUCUGAAAGAAUUCCUGCAAAAAUCAAUAAAUGUUUUUUUUUUUAAUUUAAAACCUUACUUUGGUCUGUAUAUAGCCCUGAAACUGUAUGUCUGUAUAUAACCUAAAAUCUGUAAGAAAUGGUCAAUUCUGUUUGGCAUUUAUCUUCAAUAAAUAUUCAUGAAUACCUUGACA